AUGGUGUCUUCACUGCGUUCUGUCAUAAUUAAAGCUUACUGGCGUUUAUUACCGCUUCUAAUUCUAUCAUUUAUCAUUGCUUAUGUUGACCGAAAUAAUGUUUCAUUGGCUAAACUUAAAAUGAUCAAUGAUUUGCCUUCAUUUCAACAUCGAACAGAAACUAUAUUUGCUCUCGGUCAGGCAGCAUUUUUUAUUGGCUAUUUACUUCUCGAAAUUCCUGGUACAUUAUUAGUUGAAAGAUGGAGUGCGCGCAAAUGGAUAUGUCGUAUCAUGAUUACUUGGGGUAUUUUAGCUUCAUUAACAGCAAUCGUUACGCAGCCGUGGCAUUUUUAUUUACUUCGUUUUUUUCUUGGUCUUGCCGAAGCUGGCUUCUUUCCAGGUGUUAUCGUCUAUUUAACUCAUUGGUUUCCAGCACAAGCAAGAGCUCGAGCAAUUUCUCUAUUUCUUAUUGCUACUCCAAUUGCUCAGUUCAUCAGUCCGAAAAUAUCUUAUUAUAUUCUUCGUAUGGAUACCAUCGAAAAUGGUAUCUACUAUACAACAUUCUUUAAACUUAAAGGGUGUCGAGUACUGGAAACAGAAUUAGCUCUUGAUUUAGCACAUCGACAAAUCGCUGGUGGUCAUAUAACAUUACUACAAGCUUUACAUCAUAAUAAAGUACUUCUUCUUGCCAUUGCUUAUUUUUUUAUUGUAACAGGUAAUUAUGGUGUGGAAAUUUUCUUACCAACAAUUCUUCGCGAUUGGUAUCAUCCAAGUGAUGGUAUUCUUACAUGGCUAUUAAUGAUUCCACCAUUUGGUGCUCUUAUUGGAAUGUUAGUAAUUGGAUUUAGUUCAGAUAGAACUAAAGAACGACGUUUUCAUGCUGCUAUGCCUAUUCUUAUCGGUGCAAUUGGACUUGGUUUAACAUUAAUUCAACAGCAACCGCUAUUUACAAUGAUUAUUCUUUUUACAAUAACAUCCAUUGGUACUAAAGCUUAUUUACCAGCAUUUUGGUCACUACCAAGUUUGUUUUUAAGUGAAUCAGCCGCUGCUGGUUCUAUUGGUCUCAUUAAUUCAAUUGGUAAUAUUGGUGGUGGUGUUGGACCUAUUCUUUUAGGCGUCUUCAAAGAUCGUACUGGAUCAUUUUUUCUUGGUAUUCUCUUUUUAUCUAUAUCGAUGUCUUUGGCAUCGAUAAUUAUUAUGGCUCUUCGUUUCGAUCGACGUCAUCAACAAGAACUUGAUAAAAACACACAACAACUAACUAUGUCAAACACAAACGAUGAGUUGAUUAUCAGUACAGGAGAAGCAGAAGAAAGUACGACACUCAAAGAAUCUCUAGUUUUGUAG